CGGUGUGCAGGAGGCAGCCAAACCUCGCCUUUGUAGGAGAUGCCCAGGGGUCUUAGCCCGCCGAUUGCAGAUGCCUGGGGUCAGACGUGGCGCGUUUCCAGGACUUCAGGGAGGAGGUAAGGGCGCUGCGCCCCGGGCCUGCGCGGCGCAGAGGGAGGCGUUUCUCCUACUUCUCCCGGGUAAUUUGGAGAGAUUGUAUAUGCGCGCGCGCGUGAGUGUAAGGCAAAAAGGGGUAGGAUCCAGCAUCAAGCAGAGAGGGUCAGGGUCUUUGACAUUCCUCACCAGCUGCACAAACCUCCCAGAACAAGUGUGAGUGUGGGUGAGAGUGCGCGCGCGCGCACGGGCUGGCUGCGCUUGGCACGUUUGGUGGCCCGGGGCCCCAGGGCCCGGGGGCCCGCCUGGCGACCUGGGAUUACCGUGACGUCACAUUGAGCCUCUGGCCACCUUGGACUGGGACACCUCAGGAGCCGCAUAGCCCCGCGCCGCACCUCACCUUGCCUCGCCACCGCGCGCCUUUGGGAACCCGCAUCCUCUCCCUUCCCCUGCCCAUCCAUGGGCCCUUCUGUCUUCCGGACCACGCCGGCCGGUGGAGCGCCUUCUGGAGCGCAGGGCUCGGCAGCAGGGCUGCCCUUGGCUCUGCCUCCAGUCGCGCCGAGCGGGCGGAGGACCCGGCGCUGGGCAACUGCAGCCGUGUAAGGAACCGGGGCGGCACACGGCUGGGGGCGCAGACACGAGGGACAGAGGCGGGAACAAGCAAGAGAAGAGGGAGGCGGGCCGGUGACAGCCACCAUGUCCUUCCCGCACUUUGGACACCCGUACGGCAGCGCUUCCCAGUUUCUGGUGUCUGCAAGUUCAAGUGCCACUUGCUGCGAAUCCGCCCCGCGCUCAGUCCCAGAUGUGGCCCCAGGCUCCACCCCGGCGGCCGCUCUCUGCUGUGCACCCUACGAUAGCCGGCUGCUGGGCACUGCGCGGCCCGAGCUGAGCGCGGCCUUGGGCAUCUAUGGAGCCCCCUACACGGCCGCUGCAGCGGCCCAGAGCUACCCCGGGUACCUGCCCUACAGCCCGGAGCCUCCCGCGCUGUACGGGGCGCUGAAUCCACAGUAUGAAUUUAAGGAGGCUGCAGGGAAUUUGACACCUGGCCUGGCGCAACCAGGAGCCUAUUAUCCCUAUGAGCCGUCUCUGGGGCAGUACCAGUAUGACCGGUACGGAGCCGUGGAGUUGAGUGGCGCCGGGCGCCGGAAGAACGCCACGCGAGAGACCACGAGCACGCUCAAGGCCUGGCUCAACGAGCACCGCAAGAACCCCUACCCCACCAAGGGCGAGAAGAUCAUGCUGGCCAUCAUCACCAAGAUGACCCUCACCCAGGUGUCCACCUGGUUCGCCAACGCGCGCCGGCGCCUCAAGAAGGAGAACAAGAUGACAUGGGCGCCCAAGAACAAAGGCGGGGAGGAGAGAAAGGUGGAGGGUGGAGCAGAGGAAUCGCUGGGCUGCCUAAAGGGUGACACCAAAGACGUUGCUGCUAGCCAGGAAGCCCGGGGGCUCCGUCUGAGUGACCUGGAAGACCUGGAGGAAGAGGAGGAGGAGGAGGAGGCCGAAGAAGAAGAGGCAGUGGUCACAGCUGCGGACAGGCUGGCUGAGGGCCAUAAGGACACGCAGUCGCUGCUGGCACCAUGUGCUGCAGCUCGAGCGGGCAGGCUGGAGCGCAGGGAAUGCGGCCUGGCGGAGUCCCGCUUCUCAUUCAAUGAGCCUCCUCCCGGAUCAGGAGAAGCUGACUUCUUCCGGGGGGAGCCAGUGGGUCCCACAUUGACCAUGCACUUUCCAGGCAGUGAGAAACCGCGCAUCUGGUCUCUGGCGCACACUGCGGCCGCCAGCGCUAUCGAAGGCGCACCUUCAACCCCGCCCAAGCCACGAAGUCCGGAGUGCCGUCUAAUUUCCGGACAGCCUCCAGGCUCUGGCAGGCGACCCGCGGUCCCCAGAGACUCCGCGUGUGACGAGUCUUCCCGCAUAGCCAAAGCCUUUGGAAACCCCACAUUUGCCCUGCAGAGGCUGCCCCUGAACUGUGCGCCGUGCCCGCGGCGGAGAGAGCCAGCAGUGCAGUGCCAGUACCCGUCCGGAGCAGAAGCAGGUUAGCGCAAUGGCUGCGAUUUGCGAAGAACCUCGGAAAUUAGCCCUACUGUUGGAACUCACCUCCACGCUAAGAAGCUGGGAGACCUCUCCAGGAACUGGCGGGGCUCACUGCGCCUAAGAAACAAGCAGACACACAGAAACCCCUCUACAGGCCCUCCUUGCACGCAGAGCUGGGCGUGGCGGGCAGACAUGCGUCUUGUCAGAUCCCAGAGGAGGGGGCACAGGGCACCCGAGCGGGAAGCUGUGCGGGGGAGUGUGCCCAGGGCACCCGUUCGGUAUACCACGUCUCCCUCCCUCCUCUGGAUUCAGGGCCUGAAGCUGCUCCCUCCCCUGCGCACCCACGCCCCCCUCACAUUGUAAUGUCUAUGCUGACCUGGCCUCUAAGGACUGCAAGACUUGGGUCUUCUCCCCCUCCCCCACUCCUUGUGUCCUUAAAAAUAAUCAA